UCCAAGCCACCAGCUAGUCGUAUUCAAAACGAACGUCAUUCAAUAUUUGAAAAAAAUAAAUAUGUUUACUUUAUAGUGUAAAUUAUUAAUAUUAUUUCUUUAGUUUGUUUUUCGUCUUACAUGAUGUACAAUGUUUCGUUGUAUUAACGUAAUAAGACGUUUAUAAUGUUCAUUGUGGAGGGAUUUUUUUUUUUUGUUAAUUGAGAAAUGAAAUUUGAAAUUCUAUAGUCGGUUAAUCGGUUUAGUUUCAGUAUAAUAUUUCGAUACAAUAUUCAAGUAACAUAAUAUCAAUCUUCACUGUCUACAACAGAUUAAUUUAUACUCGAUAAAUAUGUUCCGUGUAAAUUUUUUUUUUCUAUUGAUGUUUAUCUAUUGCGGUUUACUAACUGAUSUGAUUAAGAGUCAAACAUUAGAGGUGGUUACUGACAACGAGCUCUUAGAUUUAUGCCGUUCUGAAAACCAAGUAGUUGCCUUAUUUACUUUAAAAGACUGUGACAAGUGUAAAAAGUAUGAAGAAACUCUCACACAAAUUAGAGAAGAACUUGUUGAUUCAUUAAAUGCUUGGGUUGUAAAAGUGGAAGGUAGCAAUUUAGUUCAUAUUUAUAAUCCUUCUAAAGAACCAACAUUGGUUAUGUUUCGACAUGGUGUACCAUUACUAGUUCCAGAGCCAGAGGCUAUCAACGAUGAAUUGUUAAUAGAUAUGUUAUUGAACAACAGAGAUCCUAUUGUGAAAGAACUGAAUGAUAAUAGUUUUGAACAUCUUACUCAGGCAUCAACAGGAGCUACAACAGGAGAUUGGUUUAUUAAAUUUUAUUCAUCAGAUAGUGUAGAAUGUCAAAGAUUACAAGCUCGAUGGGAAACAGUUGGUGCUAAACUGAAAAAUCGUGUYAAUGUUGCUCGUGUGAACAGGUACAUUGGGGGAUCAACAACUGCUCGUCGAUUUGCUGUUAGCCAAUCACCUACCUUUAUUUUAUUGCGUCGUGGUGUCAUGUAUACUUAUACAUCAACUGAUUAUACUAUUGAAUCAUUCCUUAAAUUUGUUGAAGAAGAUUAUAAAUUCACAGUUAAAGGGCAAGUGCCUCAACCAAAAUCAACAUUUGAUGAUUUUGUACACAUGUGCUUUGAUGUGCUCAGGGAAAAUCCAUUGGUGUGGAAAUUAGGCUUGACUGUUUUGAGUGUUAUAUUGCUUUGUCUUACUGCUUUGAAGAAAACAUCCAAGUCAAGUGAAUAUAAGUCAAAAAAAAAGUCUACUAAAAAUUCCAGUAAAAAGAGCAAGUAAUAUAUCAUAUUAUAUGCAAUAUGCAUUUUAAAUUUAACUUAAACAUUUUCAAUWWWUYUUUUAUAWA